AUAAAGUACAGGGACACUCACUGACUGCACUUACAUCUAGUGAGAAAAACAUUACAGGCUCUCGGAAUAUCAGUGUGCACUCAACCUCUCUCUCUCUUUCUCUGAAAGCAAGAUAUACCCUCACCUUAGAAGACAUAUAAAGGACGAACAUCAAUUCUGAGCCAGACCCCUGCUUUCCAUACAGUCCACAUGACUGAGCCAUGCAGCAGCGCUGAACAGCAGACCAACACCUGUGUUCUUGGUUAAAACAAGAUGUCAUCAGCCAAUGAGAAUGGAGUCAGCGGGUCUACCAAUAACAGUAGAGAGAAAACAUACAAAAAGACUACUUCAUCUGCCCUGAAAGGAGCUAUCCAGCUUGGCAUUGGUUACACCGUGGGGAAUCUGACCUCAAAACCUGACCGAGAUGUGCUCAUGCAGGACUUCUAUGUGGUGGAGAGUGUGUUUUUACCCAGUGAGGGAAGCAACCUGACUCCAGCGCAUCAUUACCCAGACUUCCGUUUCAAGACUUACGCACCACUGGCUUUCCGCUACUUCCGCGAGCUGUUCGGGAUCAAGCCAGAUGAUUACUUGUAUGCUAUUUGUAAAGAGCCCCUGAUUGAGUUGUCUAAUCCGGGCGCCAGCGGCUCACUCUUCUACCUGACCAGCGAUGAUGAGUUCAUCAUCAAAACCGUCCAGCACAAGGAGGCCGAGUUCCUGCAAAAACUGCUUCCAGGAUACUACAUGAACCUCAACCAGAACCCAAGGACUCUCCUACCCAAAUUCUACGGCCUGUACUGUGUUCAGUCUGGAGGAAUCAACAUCCGUCUCGUGGUUAUGAACAACGUUCUGCCACGGUCUUUAAAGAUGCACUACAAAUAUGACCUGAAGGGCUCCACGUACAAGAGACGGGCUUCUCGAAAAGAGCGGGAAAAGGCCUGCCCCACAUAUAAGGACCUAGACUUUGUGGACAUGCACGAUGGCUUGUACUUUGACACAGAGACAUAUAACGCCCUGAUGAAGACGCUACAGCGAGACUGCCGGGUGCUAGAGAGUUUUAAGAUCAUGGACUACAGUCUGUUGCUGGGGGUGCACGUUCUGGACCAGAGUCACAGAGAAGGAGACGUCAACAAUGUGGACGGGAAGAGGAUCGUGGGACAGAAAGUUCUUUACUCCACCGCCAUGGAGUCCAUUCAGGGAGACGGCAAGGCAGCUGAGGCUUUGACCACCGAUGACACAAUGGGAGGUAUUCCUGCAAAAACACACAGGGAUGAAAAACUACUUAUUUUUCUAGGCAUUAUCGACAUCUUGCAGUCUUACAGAUUCAUGAAGAAGCUGGAGCACUCCUGGAAGGCACUCGUCUAUGAUGGUGAUACAGUGUCUGUGCACAGACCGGGUUUCUAUGCAAACAGAUUUCUCAAGUUCAUGAGCACCAGUGUAUUCAGAAAGAUUCACCCAAACCGUUUCUCCCCUGGCAAGAGGGCGCGUAACUCCAUAUCAGCGCUGAAGUGUUCUUCUCAAGAGGUGCUGUCCCCACAGAAGGAGGAGAAGCCCGAGGAGAGAGUGGACAGGCUUGGAGGCGCUCGUAGUCUUGCCAGUCUGGAUGGACAAGUGUUCUGGUCCUAUAACCGUCCUGACCUGGUCCCUCAGACUCCUUACCCACAUGAAGCCUCUUCCUUGAGAAACACCCUCUCCCCGCCCUCUAUAUUCGUCACAGAUCGGUACCUGAAGGCCAGAUCUAAUGAAAGAUGUGCCUGCUCGACUUUUACAUUGGAGGACAGCGCCAUCUGUCUGACGUCUGAGCAAAGCACCAUGGACAUAGACAGAGAUGACGACUCAGUGCUGGAUGUCUACUUUUGAGGAGCAAAAUGAGAGGUUUCUUCAUCUCUCCCCUCCCCAUCACCUCUGGAUCCUCUUGUGCCAAGAGCGCCCCCUGCUGCCAAACAAAUAAAAGAAGUCAUUGUGCUGAUUUUCGCCAAUACAACAACUACAAAAAAGACAUUUGUACAUUUCCUUGGACUGUUUGAAGGGACUGUGGCUAUAAGAUGGACAUGCAACCAAAGGCAGACUGUGCUUUUGUAGCCCUGAGCUUCCCAGCAGCGAAAGAACUCCACAGAUUCUUACAUUAAAGGCAGCUCUGGGGUCAGAGACUGAAGACAGACGUGACGUGACGUCAUUCGUUGUUUCAUAGACAUGCAAUAAAUACACUCCUCUGAUAUGCAAAGAUGGUUUCUAACAGCUAUCCUCUUUACCUCUUAAAGGAUCUAGUCUUUAGUGUCUAGAUGCAAUGCUUGGCGAUUCAAACUCUAGCUAACAGACCUGUUCAGAUAUUUUUAAAUGUGCAAUUUUUCAUACAUUAUACAAGUGUGUGUUAUGGUAGUUCUCCUCACUGGAGUAAUAAUCCUGAUGUUUUAUUUCCAAGGAAACACACAGUUUCUAGGAAACAAUGGAAGUGUGACUUUAGUUCUCAGACAUCUCUUAUGAGCACAUAUGUGUGACGUACUGUAAAUGUAGGAGUGAAACUUCAGUCAUUCUCAGAUUUAUGCUGGUACAUAAGCUCCUGAUAAUCAAGAGUGGGACUCGCAUCAGCAGUGUGUAUCAUUUACAUCUAUCCAGAUGCCAGAAUGUUUUUAUGUGCUUAAAUGCAGAUUAGGAGUCAAUCUUUCAUGUGGGGAUUGGGUGAGUUUCAUACACGCAUAUACAUUCUCUCAGGAGAUCCU